GAAAGACGUUUUCGGCCUGUCAACGCAAUUUCGAUCGAAAGGCACGAGCGUAAAAUGGCUUCGAUUUUGCGGUCUUCAAAGUUUGUGCGUUAUAUAGCAGGUUUUGCGCGCAAUGUUGUAGUUAACACACCCAGAGAAUUCGAUGGCACCCUCAUAAAUACCGCUAAUGCCCAGUGUUAUUGCGGGGCGCUUCCCAGAAAUCUAGCGACACAACCGUCGACGCAACAUGAUCAAAGCUUGGACCGCCGGCUCAGAUCCCUGGACCAGGAUGUUAGAAAGUCCGGACGAAUAUCGCGCCGUGACAUUGAAGAUGUGUUAGAGGAAAUCCGAAACGCCCGAUCGGCAACCAGCUCACAGUCUCUUCUGGUGAUUCGAUGUUGCGGCACUUUGGUGCCCGACGAAUUGCCAGAGGUGCGAACGAAACUGGUGGAAGAAAUAUGGAACACACUGAACAAGCUCAACGUUCCCAUGGAUGUCUCGCACUACAACGCUCUUCUCAGGGUCUAUCUGGAGAACGAACAUCCCUUUUCACCAACAGACUUUCUAGCCAACAUGGAAAACAAGGGCAUUGAACCGAAUCGGGUAACUUAUCAGAGGCUGAUUUCGGCAUACUGUCAGUACGGGGACAUUGAAGGUGCUACUAAGAUUCUCGAAUACAUGAAAGAAAAACAAAUGCCAGUUAACGAGAACGUGUUUAAUGCCCUGAUUUUUGGACACUCGCAGGCGGGAGACAUGGAUUCAGCUCACCGCAUUCUCUCCGUCAUGACCCAGGCAGGUCUAGAGCCCAGUGCAGACACUUACACCACACUCUUGUGUGGAUACGCCAGACUAGGCAACAUUGAUACCAUUAACGAACUUAUCGCGGAAUGCGAAAUGAAAGAAGUGUACCUUCUGGAUAAAGACUAUCUGGACAUUGUCUAUGCGAUGGCCAUAAGCGGACACACUGAGCACAUCCUUAGCAUUCUAGCCAGGCUCAAAAAGUCCAUGGGCUAUAACCAAGAUGCAAUAAACUAUAUCCUAAGGCUAAUCAACAAAGGCCAGGAAGCCACCGCAUAUGAACUGACGAAAACCGUGGUCAGAUCCUUGCGGUAUGACGGCAGCCUCAUGCCAGUGGGCGGUUUCUUCAUCAGGCAGCUGGUAAAGUCCAACAAGGACUUUAAAACAAUUGAAAACUAUUCCCAAAAGUUGGAAGAAGAUGGGCUUUAUGAAAGGGGCCUACUAUUGGCCACAGAAGUGAGCCUUGAACUGGGCAACGAGGCUUUGGCCUAUGAACUGAUGGCGCAUCUUAAACAACAGGGCAUGGAAAUCAGACAGCACUACUUUUGGCCGCUGAUUCGCCAGAAGACUUCGGGCGAGGCGAUUGUCAAGGUAUUACAGAAGAUGCAGGACUUCGACGUUAUUCCAAGCCACGAGACAUUGAGGGAUUGGGUCUUACCCAACUUGCAAGGAAAGGGCAGCGAAAUAUUGUCGUUGCUGCGAGAUGCCAAUAUUUCAGUUGGAUCGUCCGCCUGUGGUUUGGUGUCUAAUAUGUUGAUGAAGAACGAAAUACGCGAAGCCGCGACUAUUGCAGCUAGCGUGAACGCUUAUUAUGUGCCCGAGUUGCUGCGCCGACCACUCACCAAUGCUUUUUACGCCACCAAUGACGUCGAAUCCUACAUAACGAUAGUGCGACAAGUUUACGAAAGCGUUAAAAGAAGGGGCAAUAAUGCCGAGUCCUCCAACACCACAUACGAUGCCCCGGGCGUUGUAGGAUCUUUCCUUGUUGACCUGACAAGUAUUCAGAAGAAGUACAUCCAGCUGAUACCGCAAGUGUUAGAGAAGUUAGUGGAACAGGGCCUUACCAUCCCCACAUCAUCUGCGCAACUUCUAGAAACCAAACUGGGGGAGAAAUUAACUGAGCGCGUGUCCGACUUGCUGGGCCAGCUCACUUCAGGCGAACUGACUCCAUCGCCACUUUCCAAGAAACCCAGCUAUGUUCCCUUCUACGAAAUGAACAUCGAUCAGCUGGAAAAUUUAGUGCGCAACUUGGACACGAAGAAUAUUGACACCAUUGGCUACAAGCGGCGCCUGUUUACGUUGUAUUACCGGGAGAGAAACCUGGAGAAAAUGGAGGCUUUGCUGGAACAAUUCAAGGUGGCCGAGUCCUUUGAAAUUAAGUCAGGAAUUCACGCCAGUCUCAUGGACGCAUAUGCGUUCCAUGACCAGCUGGAGAAGGCAUUGGAGCAACUGGAACUUGUAAAGCAGCUGGAAGGUGAUAAAUUAGCAAUCGACGAGAGCAAGAUUGUUAGGGUGGCUGGCUUGAUGGUGAAGAAUGGAAAGAUUGAAGAUGCCAUCAAGAUGCUGGAGGAUACGCCCAGAGAUAAGGUCAACCGCGGAUACAGCUACACUGCGUUGGUCUGGCGAGUACUAAACUCGGUAGCCGAAAAAGGCUUAGCGGAAGAUUUGGAUCGCCUAUUCGACGUAUUGGUCAAAAACGAUUACGUGGAUGUUAACUCUGUCGUUCUGGGGCCCCUCAUCAAGGUGCAUCUCAUCAAGAACGACCUGGACACGGCGCUUCAGAAAUUCGAAUGGUGCGUGGAAAAGUUUAAAAUGACGCCAUGGAAGAACGAGUUGGCCUGCAAACUAAUCGAACUGGAGGAUGCGGAAAAGCUACAGAAGCUCACCGACCUCAGCACUGUGGUGCACGGCGAGAUAAACAGCCUUUACGAUUUGGUUUUCUCGUUUGUGGAAUGCGGCAGGAUCAGACAGGCCAGAAAAAUUCUGGAAACCCCCGGUCUACAGAAUCGUCCUCAGCGCAUUAAUAAUGCCUGUGAAAGAUUCCAACAGGAGGGACUGGUCAAGCCGCUGGAGGGGCUCAAAGACGCGACAAGAGAUUUGAAUAUCGAUCGCGGCGACAUCUACUACCAGCUAUUGCUCAGCUACACUAAGCAAGGCGAUGCGGAAAAAGCACUGGGAUUGUGGACGCAAAUGCAGGAGGAAGAUCUGGCGCCCACGGAUCAGUUUCUACUCUCUCUUGGCAGCUUUCUACAGGAAAGAGGAUUAGCCGUUCCGUUCGUGAUACCUCAACCGAAAAUCCAAAAGAGGGUCACAUUCAUGACCGAAGCGCAAGAUCCGCCAAAAUCAGGAUCUGCUAAAACAGCCAACAGGGCUUUCAGGCAAAAACUUGCAGCUGGCGCUAUCGAUGACUGCGUCACCUUCGUGAAUCAAAAUAAAGUAUCCGUAGUGGAUGCGUCUUAUUUAAUUGAAACCCUCAUUCAUCAAAACCGGCUUGACGACGCUUUCCGCCUAACAAUAAACCUGCUGGACAGAGGGAUUUUUCCCGUUCAGAAAAUAUUCAGAUUCCUGUUGAAUAAAAUUGCCAGUGAGGGGAAAGUGGCACAGUUGAACCAAAUAGGGGAGAAACUGAACAGCGAAGUGAAGCGCUUGAUUUCCUUUGAUAACCGCCUUUGCCACGCAAAUAUCGUGGCCGGAACUGUGGAUGGCUACUUGCAGAAGCUGGAAAACGAUAUCGACAAUACCACCCCUGAAAAUCUCGACGAAGUAAGCGCGCAAUUUCCAAGGGGCGGCGCUUAUGGAAUCUUGGAACGCCACCCAGAGUACACAGACAAAUUUGAGCAAGUUGCGAUCAAAUACGCCCAGAAGGGAAUAGUGGGGCCUCUUAACGUACUGUGGACCAGGUUAUUUAUCAGCAAUAACACGGAGAAAGUGGAACAGAUAUGGCAGGGAUAUCUAAAAGACGCGCCGAGACUAAUGUUCCAGAAAAUCAUCCAAACCGCCAGGGAAUUACACGACGAAGAUCUGAUCAACCGGUUAAUACAGCUUCUGAAAGUCACCAAGGUCACUGAUGGAGCAUUAGGGAACGCGUACAGUUGCUACAUUGACGUUUUAGUAAGCAAAGGUAAACAUGACGAUGCUGUGCAGCUUUUCGAAAUGGCGGUAUCGCAAGUACCCAUCGAAAAUAUCAACCGAACGGCAAUUAUAAGGGUGAAGAACAUUGUUGAGGCACAGGGCAAACCCUUUAACUAUAUUUUACCUAGUAAAUCCAAAUCGGUGGCACAGGAGGCUGACGACGUCUAGAUGGUCGACUUAUAUUUAGGAUGUUUUAGCUUAAGGUUACAAUAAAAUAUUGUGUUUUAAUAUAAAA